GGCUGCUCUCUUUUGGAGAUCAUCGCCUUAUUACCCAGUGGAAUUUGGAAAUCCCGACUGAAUCUCCUGGAAAAGGACACGGGGAAAGCGAGGAUGGCUGAGGUGAAGAACCUCACGUGGGCGGUGGAGGACAUUUUCAAGGACACCUUUCUCAGCUACAUGAACGGCUGGAGGAGGAACAUGACGGAGGCGGCGACCAAGCUGCAGGCCCAGGUGGCGGCCGAGAACUUCGACUACGUCAUCCUGUACCUGAUGGUGAUGAUCGGGAUGUUCUCCUUCAUCAUCGUGGCCAUCCUGGUGAGCACCGUGAAGUCCAAGAGGAGGGAGCACUCCAACGACCCCUAUCACCAGUACAUCGUGGAGGACUGGGGAGAGAAGUACAAGAACCAGGUGCUGAUCCAUGAAAAUCCGGGAGCGAGGGAUAAAACGAGCCCCGAAUCGCCCUGAGUUUCGGGAAAUGCCGGCGGUGAGGAAAUCAGGGAGUCACACACAGGGAACCCACUGGGAUUGUGAAAACCUGGGAAACUGUUUGUUAAAUUAACACACAGGUGGAGGUAUAAUGGAGGAAACCAACCUUACUGGUUCCCAUCAACCUGACUGGUUCCCAUCAACCUGACUGGUUCCCAUUCCACCUUACUGGUUCCCAUGAGGACCUUGGCAUAGCCCCUUGUGAAAUUCCCAGGAAAAAUG